AUGUCUGAAGACCAGGCACUUCUAGCAAAAAUAGGCCAGCUUGCUGGUCAAAUCAAUCGACAUAAAAAUCAACGGGAACUGGCACCAGGCUCUCCUUCUUCUUCCAGUACUGGGCAUCAAGGACAACAUCCUUAUCACUCUUCUAACUAUCAAAAUUCAACUAGGGGAAGAGGCACGCCAUCAUGGCGACCGCCGAUAAGGGCUGCUUACACCCGAACUAGGUUUCGAGGCCGAGGAGGCCGGGUAGCACCUGUUGCUUAUUCACAUAGAACCCUUGUGGUCAAUAAUAAUAAACCAGUAUCUGGGUCGACGAGCCCUACAAUUGCCACAGCUUCCUCAGUAUCAAGUUUUGGCACCGAAUCUAUAAAUGCGGCAUUGCCUUCUCCAACAUCAGUCCCAGUACCUGGGUCCAGUUUGCCUGCCCAGCAAAAGUCGACGGCAUGGGUGGCAAAACGCGCACCAGGUGCGGUGCAACUUAUCAAUAGCUCCAUUUUUGGCCAACAGGCUCAGGCGAAAGCCAAGGAGAGAUUGCGGAGAAGAGAGGAAAAAGAUAAAUUGAAAAUGAAAAGUUGGAUGCAAAAGUCCCGUGGUCCUACUUAUGGAGGGUUGGCGUCAAACACAAAUCAAACUCCUUACGAGGUCAUAAUAUCAGGGGAACGCUAUCGAGUUGCUGCAAACGGCAGCAAACUAGAAAAAAUAUCUGGUGAGGAUGAUCCGAAGGCAGCGAAAUCCACUCCUAAGAAAGCCGUCGUUGGUGGUGUUAAUUUCGUACGAAGUAAGAACGGGAAUCUUUGGAGGGCUGGUUUAGUGAAAGCAUCACGCCAAUCAACGAACACGCGCGGUUUAAAGAUUAAUAAACCCUGCAAAUACUUUUCAAAUACCGGACAAUGCAAAUACGGGAUGUCUUGCCCAUACACCCAUGAUGCUCACAAAGUUGCUAUUUGCCCGCGAUUUCUCAAAAAUGAUUCGUGUCCGGACGGGGAUUCAUGCGACUUGUCUCACGAUGCCAAGCCACAUCGUGUUCCAGCGUGCCUACAUUUUGGUUAUGGCAAUUGUCAGAAAGACCAAUGUUUGUAUGCGCACGUCAAGGUUAACCCUGCUGCUCCUAUCUGCCGCCCCUUCGCAACCUAUGGAUAUUGCGACAAGGGCGCAGAGUGCACCGAGCGACACGUACGAGAUUGUCCUGACUUCGACGAAAAGGGCGUUUGCAACGACAAAUCGUGCAAGCUAUCACACGUGCAAAAGGCUGGACGAAGGCGAGUAAUAGAGAAAGCGGCCGCCGCAGCCGCUUCGGCCCACAGAUCCAGUGUUGAAGAGGACAAAGAUUCCGAGGAAAGCGAUAUUUCCAGCGAAGAGGAGGGUGAAGAAAUCAACAGUGAUGAUGUCGAUUCUGAUGCGUUUAGCGACGAUGAUUUUCUCUCUAAGGACGACACUCCUCAUGAAGUCACUAUGCAACAGGACUUUAUCCACUUCUAA